CCGGUCACGCGCUGCAGUCUAAGCCGGGAGUCAUGUGACCGUGUUGUUGUGCGUGAUGGCGGCGCGCAGGCUGCUUCCUCUGGCCGUGUUUCUGCUCCUGUGUCCGGCGGCGGGUGUGUGGUGUUUCCCCAGCCUGAGAGAACCGGUGUGCGGGUACAAGUCAUGUCCAGUGACGAAGCCGUCCAUGCUGAAUGUACACUUGGUUCCUCACACACAUGAUGAUGUGGGCUGGCUAAAGACUGUGGAUCAGUACUACUAUGGAGGCCGUGAUGAUAUCCAGCACGCCGGCGUUCAGUACAUCCUGGACUCGGUGGUGUCGGAGCUGCAGAAGGAUCCAGCGCGCAGGUUCAUCUACGUGGAGACGGCGUUCUUCUACCGCUGGUGGAAACAACAGGAUCAGGAGACACGGAACAUCGUCACACAGCUGGUGCAGCAGGGUCGGUUGGAGUUUAUUAAUGGAGGUUGGUGUAUGAGUGAUGAAGCCAGCACACACUACAGUGCAGUAAUUGAUCAGAUGACUCUCGGUCUGCGCUUUCUAAAUGACACGUUUGGAGAAUGCGGUCGCCCUCGAGUGGCCUGGCACAUCGACCCGUUCGGCCACGCCCGAGAACACGCCUCCAUGUUCGCCCAGAUGGGCUAUGAUGGCUUCUUCUUCGGCCGUCUGGAUUAUCAGGAUAAAGAUCGCAGGAUGAAGAUGAAGGAGAUGGAGAUGGUGUGGAGAGCAAGUGAGAGCCUAGAACCCCCGACUGCUGACCUCUUCACUGGUGUUCUCCCAAAUGGUUAUAACCCUCCUGCAGGGUUCUGUUGGGAUCAGUCCUGCUCUGACACGCCAGUGCAGGACGACCCGGCCCUCGAGGACUACAACGUGGACCAACUGGUGGACACUUUCAUCAAAAUCUCACAAGCACAGGCUGAGAAGUACAAGACGAAUCACAUCAUCAUGACGAUGGGUUCUGAUUUCCAGUACCAGAACGCGAUCCCGUGGUAUAAGAACAUGGACAAGUUGAUCCACUACGUUAACGCCAAGCAGGCGAGUGGAAGCCAAGUCCAUGUCCUUUACUCCACCCCUUCAUGUUACCUACAGGAACUCAACCUAGCUAACAUCACCUGGCCGUUAAAGACGGACGAUUUUUUCCCGUAUGCUGACAAUGAUCAUGAUUUCUGGACGGGUUACUUCACCAGCCGCCCGGCGCUCAAACGCUACGAGAGACUCAGUAACAGCUUCCUGCAGACGUGUAAUCAGUUGGAGGUGCUCGGCGGCACAAAGUCCACACACGGCCCGUUUGGAGAGGGAAACAGCGACACACUGAAGCAUGCGAUGGCUGUAGCGCAGCACCACGAUGCGGUUUCUGGCACUGAAAAGCAGCACGUUGCCAACGACUACGCCAAGAGGCUCGCCAAUGGCUCGGCACACUGCCAGGUGUUGGUCAGUAACUCUCUGGCGUUUCUCAGCGGCUCUAACGUGCCACGUGUCUUCUGCGAGAACCUCAACAUUAGUGUGUGUCCUCUCACAGAAAGCAGCAAACAGUUCUUGCUGAAUGUGUAUAACCCUCUCGCUCGUCCUGUGAGCUGGUCGGUUCACCUGCCUGUUAACGGAACGGUAUACAACGUCACGGACUCGGGCGGCGCGCCGGUGGACAAUCAGGUGAUACCCGUGUCCAAGGCGACUCAGGAUUUGAGGCGAGAUCGCGGUUUUGCUCAAUUUGAGUUGGUCUUCCAAGUUCAGGCUCCUCCAGUGGGCUUCAACACCUACACCAUCACACUGCUGCAGGACAGCCCCGCCCCGGCCCCGCCCAAACCUGGAGCCCCGCCCUCCAUCCAGAAUAAGUACCUGAAGGUGACCUUUGACACGAAAACAGGACUGCUGAGUGGACUGACCAACCUGGAAACACAGCAGACCAUCAAACUCACGCAGAACUUCUACUGGUACAAUGCAAGUGUUGGCAACUCGGAGAGUUCUCAGACAUCAGGAGCUUACAUUUUCAGGCCAAACUCAUCCACACCCAUUAUCACAACCACAAAGCCUGAAGUCACCACACUGCAGAACUCUGUGGUACAGGAGGUGAGACAGCAGUUCAGUCCGUGGGUGUCUCAGGUCGUGCGUCUCUACACUGAGAGCAAACACCUUGAGCUCGAGUGGACUGUAGGACCCAUACCAGUCGAUGAUGGUAUUGGGAAGGAGGUGAUCACUCGGCUGGACUCGAGCAUUGAGACAGAGGGAUAUUUCUACACCGACUCUAACGGCAGAGAGAUCCUACAGAGACGGAAAGACUAUCGCCCCACGUGGGACCUGAAACAGACAGAGCCGAUUGCAGGCAAUUAUUAUCCAAUCAACACCCGCGCUUUCGUAAAGGAUGAACAGAACCAGAUGACGGUGGUGACUGAUCGCUCUCAGGGCAUCAGCAGCAUUUACAACGGUUCCCUGGAGAUAAUGGUGCACAGGCGUUUGCUGCGUGAUGAUAAUCGGGGCGUGGGCGAGCCUCUCUCUGAGCCGGGAGACUACUAUGACGGUCUGUCUGUGCGUGGACGCUUGCUCUUGGCUCUGACUCCGCCCAGCACCGCGGCCGACACCCACCGCCCACUCGGCCAGGAGAUGGUGUUCCAGCCCACACUGUCCUUCCAGCAGGGGGCGACACACAACACCACAACACAGUUCUCAGGGUUGAGCUCAGCACUGCCCCCUGCUGUUCAUGUGCUCACUCUGUCUCAGUGGGAUCAGGACUCUGUGCUGCUGAGGCUGGAGCAUCAGUACGAGCGCUCAGAGAGCCAGGCCCACUCUCAGCCAGUCACUGUCAGUCUGCAGAAAAUGUUUUCCACUCUGGAGGUAGUGGGCGUGUCUGAGAUGAGUCUGGGAGCCAAUCAGUGGAAAGAGGACAUGAAGCGCAUGCAGUGGAAGCCCAACAGUGGUGAGACGGCGGUGCCCCUGCGUGAGCGCGUGGGAGACCCCUCACCCUGGGAGAUCACACUGAGCCCCAUGCAGAUUCGCACCUUCCUGCUGCGAGUGCGCCGCAAAUAAAACAACCAAUCACAGAGCUCCGUCACUGCAGCAGCCAGUGAGUUCACAGUGCCACAUCAAGCAGCCAAUCAGAGUUCAGCACAGACACAGCCUUACUGAGAGAACCUGACAAUCACACACUCACACACACACUCACUCACACACACACACACACUCACACUCACACAAACACUCAUUCACACAAACACAUACACACACACACACACACUCACACACACACUCAUUCACACAAACACAUACACACACACACACACUCAUUCACACAAACACAUACACACACACACACACACACUCACACUUAUUCACACUCACUCACACACACACACACACACUCACACUCACUCACACACACACACACACACACACACUCACAGAUGAUAAACAUAAACAUUAGGAAUUCAGUCAAACUCAUUUAUUAAUAUUCAGCUCCUUUACUGCUGUUGUGUGGAAAUUUGUCUGAUGUGGUUUUAGCUUCAGUCUCUUACCAAUUUUUUUUUUUUACAAGUGGGCGGGGCUUAGAAGACCUUUAGCCACACCCACUCAGAAUCAGUAUAUUUCCAAAUUUUAAUUCAAAUGACUGGUAUUAACAAUUUAUAUUUAGAUUUUGAUACAGUUUUAUUUUGUGGUACUGAUCAUGUAAUACUUUUAGCACAAAAUGAACUGUACUUUACUGUGUGUGUGUGUGUGUGUGUGUGUGUCAGUCCUGUUGAACACACUCUCACUGCCUUCCCUCACCAGACACAAGUGUACUACCCACAAUGCACUGCUCCUGUUCACACAAACAGCUUCAACAGGAAAUAGUAAACUCCACCCAGAUCACAGCAGUGCAUUCUGGGUAAUUAAGUGUAUAAAACAGUACUGGAGCACAGCCACUGGGUUUGAAUCUGUAUAAAUGAUUGUUGGUGCAAUAUUUUUUAAAUCAUGUAUAUUUUUCUACCUUUCUGAAACUCUGUAUGAAUAAAUUCAUGAUUUAUUGAAGACAUCACA